UGCACAGGCCCUGCCGCUUUUUCGCAACCGUCUGCUGCGCGUUCCUGCGCGCGGAUUGAGUUGGAACCUUCAACCCACGGUUCCUGUUGGUCCAUCGCAAGAACAGUGUACUGCCAUGGUGCUACUACCUAGGACUAUCAUAGUACUGCCAUGGUCCGACUGCUACCUAAUCUCCAGACUUUCUCUGAUUCUCAUUGUCACAUUGCACUUGGCGUCUGUCCCUACACCGACCCUGACAGCCGCUCAGGCCAGGCGUGUCUCCGCCCUCUCGCCUUAAUCCAAUCCGUUGCGCAUCGCGUCUUUGUUGCCCGCUACAAUGCUGCGCCACGCGCUCCGCUCGCUGGCGCCUUCGUCCCGUCAGGCGUGCGCAGCUGGGGCCGCGCGCAGUGUACACACGGUGUCGGUGCCGCCGCUGGACUAUGACUAUGGCGAGCUGGAGCCGGUGAUCAGCGGGGAGAUCAUGCGGCUGCACCACCAGAAACACCACCAGGCGUAUGUGACGGGGUACAACACGGCGCUGGAGAAGCUGGAGGGGGCGCAGGCCAAGGGGGACACCCCCGCCAUCGUGGCCCUCCAGAGUGCCAUCAACUUCAACGGCGGAGGGCACAUCAACCACAGCAUCUUCUGGAAGAACCUCGCGCCCCCCGCUAAGGGCGGUGGGGAGCCCCCGAGUGGCCCUCUGGCUGCGGCGCUGGACCAGGAGUUUGGCUCGCUGGACGCGUUCAAGUCCAAGUUUGCCGCCACCACCGCCGCGGUGCAAGGCUCCGGCUGGGGGUGGCUGGCGUACAACCCCGACACGCACCACAUCCUCAUCACCACCACACCCAACCAGGAUCCGGUGAGUGCGCGCGGGCUGGUGCCGCUGCUGGGGGUGGACGUGUGGGAGCACGCCUACUACCUGCAGUACAAGAACGUGCGCCCCGACUACCUCAAGGCCAUCUGGAAGGUCGUCAACUGGAAGGAUGUCGAGAAGCGCUUCGCUGCAGCAUCGUCUUAAGUCCUAAGGCAUAUAGAACGUUUCACCUUGUUUUGGAAGAGUCGCAGAAGUAGCCUUUUACUUCCGGCCAAUCCGAUCAUGUAUAUACAACUCCGUCGCAGAAAUUUGCUAGUCAGAUUCAGAAAAGGUUCGCGCCGAGUUUGUUUGAACAACCAAUGCAAGGAGUCUUUCAUCGAGCUUGCACGUCCUACCCUUUGUGAAAAUGCCUGAAACUGCGACAAACACUUCUGGUGAGCUGCUGGACUCACGCUUCAAUAUAGCUAUCCGGCUGAUCAUCGAUACCAGGGUACCGUUACUUUGAAGGGGAAGCGGGGUAGGUAUUCUGAUUGGAGAGGGG